CAAGUAAGGCGACCUUCUCAAGAGUUGUUGUUCGGAGACGUCACUUUUCUGGUGCUAAAGUACAUGUACCUAUUAAAGAGUUUCCCCACACUACCUAUGCCCCCGCCAUUCUACGGUAUCAUCAUUUGUAGCUUUUUCCUUUUUCCUUUUCUUUUUAAGCUUGUUACCUCAAUUAGCAACAAAAACUUGCACUUGUAAACAACCUAUCGCGACUUAUUCCUAGUCAACUUCAAUAAUACAUUCAGCACGUGAGCAAAUCAGGCUUGGAUCUCUUAACACGGUAUAUAGCAGUUUUGUAUUUCGCGUUAAUAUUGUAUUUUUGUAUUUAGUUACUCGCGUCCUUUAAUACUUUAUUGUCAACAACCUUUUUAUCCUCUCUUUUCUUCCCCCUCGCAUUGGUUAUAGGUCUAGGUACCUACCUACCUACUACAACGGUACAAAACAGGCCCGACAGACAAAAAAAAUGCGGACCAGAAAACAGACUCGCGAGGAGGAACAUGCGGCUGAGGCAAGGCAGACUGUUGUAUCCAUCACCAAGGUCGAGGCGCCGACUAUCUCCGCGGCCGUCAUCCCGCCUCCGAAGCGCGAAGUUUCCCGGCCUAGAAGCGCGCCGUCCAAACUACCGAAGCUGAUUCAGUUCCCGCUUGUAACCAUCUUGAGCUUGUCGCUCGCUGCGGUUGGUUACUCGUUGACGUGGCGAUACACAAAGGGUCCAAUCGCGCCGCACACGAGGCUCCUGACUACUUGGGAUGAUGUUGCGAUUGUUACCGGAUGGAGUGUAUUUAAACUCGCGCUGGCCUGGUUCGGUAAUUUCGACGGCUACGAUAUUACAGCUCUGAAUAUCCUGUCCCACGGUCCUCUACUAUACCUCCUGAAUACCUUUUACCAGGUGCCUAGUAACGCCCUCCUCAUAACCCUCGCCAUCGAGACUCUCGCUACUUACAUCCCCUUCCGCCUCCUGCGGCCGCUCUCCACCGUCCACGCCGACCCCAGCCACGCGCCCAACGCGGACAUCGUCACGGACCGGCCCAUCGUGCUGCUCACCACGCUGCUCGCGGGCGCCAUCUACAGCGUGACUCUGUUCCUCGCGUACGCGACGUACCUGCCCUCGUACCUCGUCAUGUACUUUACGAGCCUGCCCACCGUCGCCUCCGCGCACGAGACCACGUACGUCGGCCUGCUCCCCGUGACACUGGUGCUAGGCUUCGCGGCCCGCGCUUUCAUCUUCACGCCCGCCGGGGCGACGGCUAAGGACAAGGAAGAGCCGUUCAACCCGACCACCGCGACCCUGGGCGAGACGGUCCGCUGGAACUUCUGGGGCUGGAGCGCGCCGACCAAGGUUGUCAUCCAGCGCACCGCGCUCCUGAUGCUUGUCUCAGGCGUGGAUACCUUCAUCCAGACGCUAUUCACCAUCAAGGGUGUCGAAACCCCUGGCGCGGCGGCCUGGAGCAGCGUGUGGGUUAUUGCCGCCGCGGUUACGGGGCUUGCGCUUGGUGCUGUGGGGAGUGUUUAGGGUCUGAACGACUGGCUGCUCGGAGAAAAGAAAGGAGAAAAAAAGGGGGAGGAUGGAAGGGGAAAGAAAAGGGAAGGAAAGGAAUAGUGCAGGACAUAAAAAUGGUCAACAGCAGAAAUUGGUAGUGGCUGUGGUAGUAACAAUGUGAAUUAUUUCCAGGUCCUGGACAAAGGGGGGAAGGGGGGAAAGG